CAGCCUUCUGCCACUGAUGAAGCAGAGAAAGGAGUAACGAACAAAGUGCCGAGAACACUGUGCAGUGCCAGGUGAAUUCCAGUGAUCUAACCCAAGGAAAUACGAGAGAGGAGAAAGUGACACAAGAGGAGAACCUGUGGAACAGCAACAGAAAAGAAGUGUGUGUUGGGAAAGCCUCCUAUAAACCCUGAGCAUAACUGGCCAGGUUUAUUGCUCAGAGAGACAGUGCCUUUUGCUGAGUCCAGCAUAUAACCAGCAGGAGCUAUGUCAGCAGCUGGGAACACAGCAAGUCCUGAAGCAAACUGGAUUAGGGUCUAAAGGAAUUUAAAAAUUUCUUCUGGAAAGGAACGAAGCAUGCAAAUGAAUUUAUACACAUGCUUCCCUUUUGAAUGUUGCUGUACAGAUCACAUGCACUGCAUGUGAAUUUGCACACAGGAAGCCAUUAUAUGGAUUAUUUCAGUAUAAUUCCAGUAUGAUUGGACUAGAAUCAUUAGCCGAUCCCUCAGAUACCUGGGAAAUUAUAGAGACUAUUGGGAAAGGCACUUAUGGUAAAGUCUAUAAGGUUGCCAAUAAGAAAGAUGGGAGCCUGGCAGCAGUAAAGAUUCUCGAUCCUAUCAGUGAUGUGGAUGAAGAAAUCGAAGCAGAAUAUAAUAUUUUGCAGUUUCUGCCCAAUCAUCCUAAUGUUGUUAGAUUUUAUGGGAUGUUUUACAAAGCAGAUCAAUAUGUAGGAGGACAGCUCUGGCUAGUACUUGAGCUUUGCAAUGGAGGUUCUGUCACAGAGCUUGUCAAGGGCCUGCUCAAGUGUGGCCAACGCCUGGAUGAAGCUGUAAUAUCAUACAUCUUAUACGGUGCUCUCCUGGGCCUUCAGCAUUUACACAAUAACCGGAUCAUUCAUCGUGAUGUGAAAGGGAACAACAUUCUCCUGACAACAGAAGGUGGAGUCAAGCUCGUUGACUUUGCUGCUCUCGACAGCAUGAUAUGUUUGAAUAAAUGUUGGUCACAGUGUGUUUCAGCCCAGCUCACCAGCACACGGCUCCGUAGAAACACCUCAGUGGGAACACCCUUUUGGAUGGCACCUGAGGUCAUUGCUUGUGAGCAACAGUAUGACUACUCAUAUGAUGCUCGAUGUGACGUAUGGUCCUUGGGAAUCACAGCCAUUGAACUGGGGGAUGGAGACCCUCCUUUAUUUGACAUGCAUCCGGUGAAAACCCUUUUUAAAAUUCCAAGAAAUCCUCCUCCUACUUUGCUACAUCCUGAAAAAUGGUGCAGAGGAUUCAACAAUUUCAUUUCACAGUGUCUUAUCAAGGAUUUUGAAAAGCGUCCUUCAGUUACCCACCUUUUGGAGCAUCCGUUUAUCAAGCAAGUACAUGGUAAAGAGAUGUCUCUGCAAAAACAGCUGGCUGAGCUCAUCCAAGAACAGCAGCAGCAAGGCUCCAUAGCCAAAACAAGGCAUGAACGAAUACAUACAAGAAGACCUUACCAUGUGGAUGGAGCUGACAAAUACUCACUAGAUGAUGACCUGGUAAAUCUAGAAGUUCUAGAUGAGGAUACAAUUAUCCAUCAGCUCCAGAAACGUUAUGCUGACUUACAAAUUUAUACUUACGUUGGAGACAUUUUAAUAGCCUUAAAUCCCUUCCAGAACCUCAGCAUUUAUUCUCCUCAGUUCUCGAAGCUUUACCAUGGUGUGAAGCGUUCAUCAAAUCCCCCCCACAUAUUUGCCUCUGCGGAUGCUGCCUACCAAAGUAUGGUUACAUUCAGCAAAGAUCAGUGCAUUAUCAUCAGUGGGGAAAGUGGUGCUGGAAAGACAGAAAGUGCUCAUCUGAUUGUCCAACAUUUAACCUUCUUGGGAAAGGCCAAUAACCGUGCUUUGCGUGAGAAAAUUCUUCAGGUGAAUCCUCUGGUUGAAGCAUUUGGGAAUGCCUGCACUGCCAUCAAUGACAACUCAAGUCGCUUUGGAAAAUAUCUGGAAAUGAUGUUUACACCCACAGGAGCAGUAAUGGGGGCAAAGAUUUCUGAGUAUCUACUUGAAAAAUCAAGGGUCAUAAAACAGGCUGUGGGAGAGAAAAAUUUCCAUAUAUUUUAUUAUAUUUAUGCUGGCCUUUAUCAUCAGAAGAAACUUUCUGAGUAUAGACUUCCUGAUAAAAAGCCUCCUAGAUAUAUUGAUAAUGAAACUGGAAAAGUAAUGCAUGAUAUUGUUACUAAAGAUUCCUAUGGAAGACAGUUUGAAGCGAUUCAGCAUUGCUUUAGAAUUAUAGGAUUCACUGAUGAGGAAGUAUACUCAGUGUACAGAAUUCUGACUGGAAUCUUAAAUACUGGAAAUAUUGAGUUUGCUGCCAUUUCUUCACAACACCAAACAGAUAAAAGUGAGAUUCCCAACCCAGAAGCCUUAGAUAAUGCUGCUGCACUACUAAGUAUUGGGUCAGAAGAACUUCAAGAGGCCCUAACCUCCCACUGUGUUGUAACACGAGGGGAGACUAUUAUCCGAACAAACACUGUGGACAAAGCAGCUGACGUGCGAGAUGCAAUGUCUAAAGCACUUUAUGGCCGGCUCUUCAGCUGGAUUGUAAAUCGUAUUAAUACGCUGCUUCAGCCAGAUAAAAAUAUAUGCAAUGCUGAAAAUGGGAUGAAUGUUGGGAUACUAGACAUAUUUGGAUUUGAGAACUUUGCAAGAAAUUCCUUUGAACAGCUGUGCAUAAAUAUCGCUAAUGAACAGAUCCAGUUUUAUUUCAAUCAACAUAUCUUUGCACUUGAGCAGAUGGAAUAUCAGAAUGAAGGAAUUGAUGCUACUGCAGUGGAGUAUGAAGACAAUCGUCCACUUCUAGAUAUGUUUCUCCAGAAACCUAUGGGUCUCCUGUCUCUACUAGAUGAAGAAAGCAGAUUUCCUCAGGCAACAGACCUAACUUUAGUUGAUAAAUUUGAAGAUAAUUUACGGUGCAAAUACUUUUGGAGACCAAAAGGAGUAGAACUGUCAUUUGGUAUUCAGCACUAUGCUGGAAAGGUAUUAUAUGAUGCCUGUGCAUUCCUUGAGAAGAACAGAGACACUCUUCCUGCUGACAUAGUGGUGGUGUUGCGAACUUCAGAGAACAAACUUCUUCAGCAGCUGUUCUCUAGCCCGUUAACAAAAACAGGUAACUUGGCACAGGCAAGAGCCAGAGUGACAGCAGCAUCAAGGUCUUUGCCUCCACAACUUAGUUCUGGCCGUAUCAAGUGCUUCAUUUCCUUUACAUUUUGCAUGCAGUCUCCUAAAUAUCUCCUGAAGGUUGACACAAUGGAGGUUAUGCGACACCCUGAGGAAACAACUAACAUGAAGCGACAAACUAUGGCUUCCUAUUUUAGGUAUUCCCUCAUGGACCUUUUAUCCAAAAUGGUUGUUGGACAGCCUCACUUUAUCCGCUGCAUUAAACCUAAUGAUGAUCGAGAAGCACUGGUGUUUUCUCAUGAGAGAGUUCUACUGCAGCUACGAUACACUGGAAUUCUGGAAACUGUCAAAAUACGUCAAAAAGGAUAUUCUCAUCGCAUCCUCUUUGAAGAGUUUGUGAAAAGGUAUUAUUACCUUGCAUUCAAAGCACAUGAGACUCCUCUUGGUAGCAGAGAAAAUUGUCUUGCCAUUUUGGAGAAAUCUAAACUAGACAACUGGAUUCUUGGGAAAACCAAGGUUUUUCUAAAGUAUUACCAUAUAGAACAGUUAAAUUUGUUCUUGCGAGAAGUUAUAGGGAGGGUGGUGGUCAUGCAAGCCUAUAUCAAGGGAUGGCUUGGAGCGAGGAGAUACAAGAAAGUCAAAGAGAAAAGAGAAAAUAGUGCUGUUACCAUACAGUCAGCCUGGAGAGGAUAUGAAGCUCGCAGGAAGUAUAAGGAAAUAAGGAACAGAAGAACUGAUGCUGCUAUACAUAUUCAAGCAGCUUUCAGGGGAUAUAUUGUUCGUAAAAACUACACAAGAUGGAAAAACAGCACUGGCUGUGUGGCAGAUCCUCAGCUUAUGAGCAGCUGCUCUAUUUCUGAUUAUGGCUGUGAAGAGCACUGGCAGCAAAACAGUAGCCAGUCUUCUCCUGUGGUGCCUCAUUUUCUUGACAAACAAACAAAAAAGAAGGAUUUGGAUGAUAUUUCUGCUUCUGCAUUUAUUCUCAAACAUUCAUUCGAAGUGAAUGAUUCACAAUCAAUUAGCCAAUCCCAGUCAGCUGCAGAUCAACUGUUGUCAAGUCUCCCGAGAUCCCAUAGAAAAGGUUCAGAAAACUGUCUUGAACAGAAGCUGAGAACACCUCGUCGACGAUGUCAGCAGCCCAAAAUGCUGAAUAGCCCUGAGGACAACAUGUACUAUAACCAGUUAAAUGGAACUCUAGAAUAUCAAGGGAGCAAGAGGAAGCCAAGAAAACUUGGCCAAAUCAAAGUGCUGGAUGGAGAGGAUGAGUAUUACAAAUCACUGUCAGCUGUUGAGUCUAUCCCUGAAGAUGACAGCUUUCUCAGUUCCCCAUCUCCUCCUUCUUCAAGAAGUGUGUCUUUUGCUCAAAGCUGAACCUUACUUUAUUGACUAGUACUGGUAAGAGUAUUUUCAUGCUGGCAAUCUCUUCCAAUAACUUUGUGGGUGUGUGUUUAUAUAAGAUAUUUAAAAAUGCAGUACUUCAGCUACUAUCUUUCACUCAUUUAGACCUCGUUUUGCAACUGUAAAUUGUCCCAUUUACCUGUAUAUCUGUAAGUAAAUCCAGUAAAGGGGAUCAGCACUACCUGUAUGUGUUGAUGUUGGUAAUGUACACGUUUCUUAAACAGUAAGGUUAGUUUAUACAGUUCCUACCCCUUCUUCGCUGCACUCCCCCGGCUGCUGUUCCCACCCUGUGCCAUCCCUUCUGUUGUGCUGGCACAACUGCUGGUAGAGCUGUGUGAAAAAUAAGAUCAAGGAACUGAACUGGAUUAAAGGAACUCUAUAUUAAAAAUUUUCCAUUGUGGUCAUACUGGAAAUGUUUUGUAUUUCAUUAGACUGAUAUUAAAGAUGAUCCUUUCUGUGCUGUAUGUGGCCUUUAGCAUAAAAUAAAAUUUUCAGAGUUAAAUAAUCUAAAAUAAUAAUUCUGUCUCAAUCUACCUUGUAAAUAUUUUUCUUGUAAAGUAUUAGUUUACCCUAAGUUUAACUUCAAGUAUUAUUUAAAAUAUAAGAAGCAGAACAAUUUUAAAGCUAACAUUUCACACGCUGCUUCUUGUAGCCCUUGUGACUGAAACCAUCAUUAUGACUGGUUGUUCUUGUUAUCCAUGCAAAUGCUUAAUUUCUUUCUUAACAGCUCUGUGCUCCAGUGACUCCUACCUUUCCACAGCCCUCUUGUAUAUAGCAGGAAAAAAACCUAUCUUCUGCAAAUUUUUCUACUUGCAUAUCACUUUCUUUCCAAAUCCUUAAUGAAACAAUAUGUAACUUCCUAUGGAACACUGAGAUGCUUUGCUGUUAACUGUUUCCAUGACAAAAGCUGACUGUUUCACCUAACACUUCACUUUCUCUUUCGGAGCCAAAGUUUUGAUCUGUGACAACUCUUUGCGUCUUUUCUAUACAAGCUCUUGUCAAAUACUUUUGGAAAUAAAAUAUUCACAAGUGUACUGCCUUACAAAUCUGCUCAAAAUCAUUCUUUUUUUUUUUUUUUGAGAAAACAUUCUGAUCAAAUCUAUGUGUAUAUCUAGAUAUAGAAGUAUUGUGAAUGAACUAAACAGACUUAAUUAUGAUGCUGGGGUUUAUCUCCCCUCCAGUAGGUUUACCCAUUGUUAUCUCUGCUAACAAACCUUCUUUCUCAUGGAGGUAAGUUCACACCUGUUUCUUAAGCUACAGAAUUUCUUACUCUCAGUGUUUGUUGGCACCGACUUUUUGACUAUAGGACAAGGAAACAUGACAUGGGAGAUGAGACCCUGGUGCAGUCAGGGCAUCCCUGAGCCAGAAUAGGGUUUGAAGGGAGAAAAGGUAAUUACAUAGAUUGUUAAGCAAAACUUAUUUCUCUCCUAAUAAACACAGAAAAGUGUAAGUCAGGCGGGGCAGAUGAGGGUGAGAGAAGGAUUUGGCUGUUUCAGGAAGAACAGUCCUUCACUCAUGCUUCACCCAAAAUGUGACAGAAGGUUGAAACAAAUGGUUAAAAUCUUGCCAUCCAUUGAAGUCCUUCCGUUUACUCCUCAUUCUGCUCUUCUGUAUGUUUGGGUGUGGACUUAAGACCUUUUAUAAUUUAGACACUCCUUUAACAACAGAGAAGUGAUGAGUAGCUGCAGAUUAGUUAACUGUAUAAGAAAAUGUACUGCAAACAUGAAUGGCAAUUGGUAUGUGCCGAUCAGUUCCUUUAUAUUUUGUCAAUAUGUAACAACGAGUACUUGUU